AUCCAAAACCCUUCUUCUCUGCCGCCGCUUUUUGUACCCCUCCUUCCUUCUCAGCCCCUCCCUCUCUCGCCUGCGGCUCCGAUCAAGACGCCGGCGAUGCGAGCCAAGCCCCUCCAGAAGCGGAAGCCCCAGGCUCGGAGGAGGCUCGCAGUCAAGGUCGACACCAAGAAGCCCAAAAAGCCACCCACGGCCUUCUUCUACUUCCUGGAAGAUUUUCGGAAAACCUUCAAAGAAGAAAAUCCAAAUGUUAAAUCAAUGCGUGAGAUUGGUAAAGCAUGUGGGGAGAAGUGGAAAACAAUGCCAUUUGGGGAGAAAGUCAAAUACUAUGAUAUUGCUACCGAGAAAAGAGCUGAAUUUGAAAAGGCUAUGGCUGAAUUUAUCAGGAGAAAGGAAAAUGGAGAGGAGUCUGAGGAAUCAGAGGAUGAAUAUAAGUGAAUCAGAGUGUAGAAGUGGAUUAUGUACAAAUUAAGCAACAAAUUGGUGCAGAAACUAAUUUGAUGUAGGCAUAGUACCUUGUUUAAUGCUGACUUUAUUUUUUAAUAAGAAAAAGUUUGAUAUAGGCAUCACUUUUGUACCUCUGGUUUGGUUUCUUCUGCUUUUCUGAAUGCUUGUAAUUUUUCAAAGACUCAUUGUUAAUUGUCAAGUAUAUAUUCUGUGAUA